CUUAAUGAGCCCAAAGUCGAGUCUCGAUGGAAUCAAAGUGCACAACAACUAGAUCAAGCAAGGUGCUUGAUCUCGAGUUGAUCAUAACUCAAUCCCGGGUCGAAUUAUACGGGAUUGAACUCAAAUUUGGAUGGAACGAAAGGGAAUCCUUACACCUGGCAGAAUGCACAAUCGUUUAGUGAAGCUUUCAAUGUGAACGAGUGUGUUUGCUCAUCCAAUAAGCCGUCCAGCAAGCUUUGAUCGCAAUCAAAGCCAAUUCAAACUCACAAACUCUCAAGCUUGGUAAUUGGAGCUUUCUACUGAGGCUCCGACAACACUACUGCGAACUCCCGCGUCCUGUUUUUUGGACAAUUUUCAAACCCCUCUCCCUCUCCUCACCUUCCUCUUCGACCCUACUUGCAUCUCCAGGUCUGUUUCAAACCUUUCCUUUGUCGUUUUUGGAUAAUUGGGUUAGAGUUAUUAGGUGAGGAGAAUUGGGAAAAUUUGGCAUGCAUGAUGAAAUUGGGCAAGGGGAAUGUCGAAUGUGGUUGAUUGAAUGUUGCAUGAAGUGUUUGUUUAGUUAAUUGAGCCUUGGUGGGAAAGUUUUGGAAUGAUUUUGUGGUUUGAAUUGAGAAUUCCCACCAAGUGCAGUAUAAGGAAAAAUUUCUUGAUACAGUUGUGUGAAUGAUGGUUGGCAGCCAUCGAAGCAUGGUUUUGGUUUGAUAUUUUUACUCAGAAGAACCAUGAAUCACCUAGAACCAUGUCUCGAUGAGCUUUGUAUGUGUUUGAGAUUAAAUUGUUUGAAAUCGGAUCUUGUGAAAAGACUUCAAAGGCAUAGGACCUUAAUGGAAUCUUAAGUGUGGGGGAAUUCUUUUCUCUCCAAUGAUUUGAGAUUGAUGAAUGUUUCCAUGUAUCGUGCAUGUCUUUGACGUUUUGCAGGAUGGUUUAUGUGAAUCACCCAUACAUGGAAGUGAUAACAUGGGUGCCACUCCUUGUGGGCGAUUUGAAAUUUUUGAGAAAGACUCCAACAAGGGCCCACGGGGAUGUCAUGAAGAGGGCUGUGGCGCACCCUCAUUGGUGCCAGCUCCUGGAGAUGGAAGACGACACUUACAUAGAGCUUUGUGUCGAGUUCUUCACCACUUUCUUAAUCCAUCAAGGCAAAGAUGUGAUAGGACAUCGGGAUCCUGUUAUUAAGUUCCGCUUGGGCGCAUUGAAUCAUAAAAUGAGUUUUGAUGAGCUUGUCCAAGCCAUGGGAAUUGAAGAAAGGUCGGGGUCAGAUUUUGAGGUGGAUGCCAUAUAAAGUUUUGACUUUCGAGCAGCUUUCAAGAGUUUUUGCCUACCGAAAAAUAGACAAACCUAGUUUGAAUCGCGCGCACCGUGGCAACCACACUCGUGCCCUAAUGGUAUGUCAUCAACACACUUUUUUCCCGUUACAUCCUCUCAAGCUACAUAUCUGACAACAAUAUUACCGAGAGAGCCCUCCUUGCCUUCACUUCCAUGGCGGACCCAAAUCAUCGCCUCCACCUCGGUUCCGUCCUGGGAACAUCCUUCAGCAAAGCCCAAGGUAGCCAAUGAAACAAGAUCAUGUCA